AUGCAGACCUUCGAGGACGACGCGGACGACCCGGGCGCCGAAGACUACGCUGACGACGCAACCGCCGAAGACUACUCUGGCGCCGUCGAGUUUAAGGUUCCAGUGGCCGGCGCCAGUCUUCCGGUAGAGAUGGUCGGCCAGCGGGUGCGCGAACCACGGGACAUGUUCGACUGGGAACGGAGCGAAGCACGGGCCGACCUUUUGGUGUUCGUCCGGCACAUGAACGAUGUGGCCAAGCGGUACCCAGCGGCGGCGGCUGCGAGGCGGCGCCGUAUCCCGCGUCCGCGACCGGUUGACGACAACGUGGACAGGGCGAUGGCGGUGUUGCGGACGGUCGGCGAGUGGGCGGCAAAACGGAGCGAACCCGCGGGCCAAGUCGAGGAGGCGGCCACAGAGCGUUUCUGCCAUUUCCACAGCCAGCUGCGGGCCGACGGCCGUUGCCUACUCGACCAGACGUACGGCGGUCGCGGCCGUGCCGAAUACCGGGACGUCAUGCUUCCGGCGUACUUAGAACGGAGCUUCGGCGACCCAUUCACGAUGGCCUAUGGGCCCGCUCACGAACUAUCGUUCUGUACUUUCCUGGUGUCGCUGUUCAAGCUACACCACUUGACGUGGGCAGACGAACCGUUUGUGGCCACCGUAAUCUUCGACAAGUACUUGGACGUCGUGGACUACAUGAUACGCUCCUAUCAGCUGUACCCGUCGAGAAGCGAGUACGGUGGUAACUUGGGUAACUGGUGCCUGAGCGGUUACCAGUUCGUUGGGUUCCUAUGGGGCAGUGCGCAGCUCGCGGGAAACUGUGGCGACGGCGACGGCUCUGAUCCCGGUGGCAGACCUUCGCUGUCGUCACCGACUGCGGUCAUGUUGGACGCGGACGCGUUCCGACGCCACCGGGAUGAGUACGUGUUCGCCAAGUGCAUGGACGCUGUGUACUGCCGGGCAGGAAAUGAUGUGCCGCUAUGGUACCACUCGUACCAGCUGUGGAACUUGACAGCCCUGCCAAGCUGGGACCGGGUGAACGGGUGCCUGAUGGCCGCAUUCCAGCGGGACGUGCUGGGCCGGUUCGAGAUCGUCCGCCAAUUGGCCUUUUGCGAACUGUUCAAAUUCGCCCAAAACGUUCGUCCACCAGGUAUGUCAUUUUACGAUAUUGUACCUGCUAUGCCACCGCUGGAGACGGCCGUGAGCCCGACGGUGACGGACGUUUUGACCGACGAUGACGACGACGACGACGACGAAGACGUCGAAGACGACGCAAAAAGAAUUAACGAAUACGGAGAAAUUGAAGAUGGAUAA